AUGGAAUCUUGUACAGCAAUAAAAAGUUCAAUAUUAAAAGCAAAAUCUGGUCGUAAAACAUAUAAUAUUCGUCAUUUUUCACUUUCUAAUCGUUUCGAUAUUCAACGUUUAUGUAUUGAAGAACGUGUUGAAAUUCUUAUACCAUUAUCACGUGCUUGUUUUCGUAAUCGAUUUACAUUUCUUCUUCUUCUUCUUCUUCUUCUUUGUAUUAUUAUAUCAAUGUUUAUUUUUUCUCGUCUUAUUAUUUCAUUUUUAAUAUCAUCAGCAUUAAUAACUUCAUUUGUUAUUUAUCAUAUUACAAGAUUAAAAUAUAAAAUCUAA